UCUAUAUUUAUAGUUUAAAAUUGUAUAAGAGAAAAACUGAUCUUUAGGUAGGCUAAAUUUGAGGCCUCUGCCACCCCUACCUCCACGCUCCCCUGCCCAGCUGCAGCUCGAGUCCGGCUGGUGCGCGACAGCACACCCUCCCUUCCCACGCUCUGUUUCUUUCUCUCGGCCUCGGUCUUCCUUUCCUAGCGGCGACGACAGGGCGAGUUGCGCUGCCCAUUGUUCGUCGAGCGACGGACGCUUCGCCGGCGACGAACAUCCGACAGGGGUGCAUUUUGAUCCACGAGCGGCGGCGGCGGCGCGGAGUCCACGAUGUCGAAGGCGGGAGCCCUGGAUCUUGCGUCUGGCCUUGGAGGGAAGAUCAACAAGGCGGAAGUCAAGUCGGCAGUCGAUGAGUAUGAGAAAUAUCAUGGAUAUUAUGGAGGGAAGGAGGAAGCAAGAAAGUCCAACUACACUGAUAUGGUUAAUAAAUAUUAUGACCUCGCCACUAGCUUCUACGAGUAUGGUUGGGGCGAAUCCUUCCACUUUGCUCACAGAUGGCAUGGAGAAUCCUUACGUGAAAGCAUCAAGCGACAUGAGCAUUUUCUUGGCCUGCAGCUUGGUUUGAAACCAGGAAUGAAGGUUUUGGAUGUGGGCUGUGGAAUAGGUGGACCACUACGAGAGAUUGCAAGAUUUAGCUCAACUUCAGUUAUUGGGUUGAAUAACAACGAAUACCAGAUAACCAGGGGAAAGGAGCUCAAUCGGUUGGCAGGAGUUAGUGGAACCUGUGAUUUUGUCAAGGCAGACUUCAUGAAGAUGCCAUUCGGUGACAACACUUUUGAUGCUGUUUAUGCCAUUGAGGCGACAUGUCACGCACCUGAUCCAGUUGGCUGUUAUAAGGAGAUAUAUCGUGUAUUGAAGCCUGGUCAGUGCUUUGCUGUAUAUGAGUGGUGCAUUACUGAUCACUACGAUCCAAACAAUGCAACCCAUAAAAGGAUUAAGGAUGAAAUUGAGCUUGGCAAUGGCCUGCCGGAUAUUAGAAGCACUCGCCAAUGUCUUCAGGCAGUAAAAGAUGCUGGGUUUGAGGUUGUUUGGGAUAAGGAUCUUGCCGAAGAUUCCCCCUUGCCUUGGUACUUGCCCUUGGAUCCAAGCCGAUUUUCCUUGAGUAGCUUCCGUUUGACGUCUGUGGGACGUAUGGUCACUCGCACAAUGGUCAAGGCGUUGGAAUACGUUGGUCUUGCUCCACAAGGCAGUGAGAGGGUCUCCAAUUUCCUAGAGAAGGCUGCAGAAGGUCUUGUAGAGGGUGGCAAGAAGGAAAUCUUCACGCCGAUGUACUUCUUUCUGGCUCGGAAGCCUCUAACAGAAUGAGCCCUUCAGAGCACAUUUCAGAGAGACAGCAAGGAGUCAUUGCGAGGAAGCUGAAUGAAGAUGCAGAAUGAGAAAUAUGCGGUCAAAGAUACUGGAGUUCUUCUCCCUAGGAAGAGAAUUAGUGGAAUGUGCUAACUGUUGAGCUUGAGCAUAUGUUUGUUCAGUUGUUUUGUUUGCGUGAGCUUCCUUGGUAUGAUGCUUGCGCUGUUCUUGGACUGGCAAUUUGAAUCCCUUUCCUUGUCCUAAGCUCAGUAGUAUAAAAUAAGUUGGCUUAUACAACUCCUUUGAUGUAGUAAAUUUCGAAAUAAUUUUGGGUGGUGAUUUGGAGAUUUGUCCAAUCUUGUUAAA